GCAUGUUUCUUUAAGAAAACGUCCGGUUAUCGUCGGUGAACGGUUAAAACCCUCCAUGCAAGAGGCCAAAGACGUGGGAAUAUAGAAUUAAGAGUCAAAUGAAACAGGCAGGACAGCCCUGGCAGGGCAAACUGCAACAGAUGGAAGAUGCGAUGGAUGGAUGAUUCUUGCUGAGAGAGAAGGAUAAUACAAAAUGGCAGAAGCGGUUUUCCAUCCUCCAAGAAGGAAGAGAAAAGUUUAUGAAUCCUAUGAGUCUCCUUUUCCUAUUUCUGCUUCCCAUGAUAAUGUUUAUGGGGGAAAUUACAAAAUAUGCCAAGCUGAAAUAAUUAACAAAAAUGUAGUUGUGAAGAAUCCUGAGGAUAUAGAACAGCUGUAUAGCAAGGGAUUUUUUGGGAAAGGUAUUCUUUCAAGAAGUCGACCAGAAUAUGGUAUUUCAGAUCCUGCAUUGGUCGUUAAAUGGAAAGGUGCCAAACUGAACAUACCUGUAGUCUCUUCAAAAAAGUUCCAGCGUUUUGUAGAAUGGGCUAAGAGCUGCAUGAGGGAGCAGGGGCUUGAUGAGUGUACAAUAAACAAAUUCUUUCUAAAUUACAUUGAACCACUUAAUCUAGAAGAAGAAACUGAACAAAAUAGUGAGUCUCAGGAUGAAGAGACACAAGCAAUGGAAAAUACUGAGCCAAAGUUCUUAGUGACUUCUACUGAAACUAAUGAGGAUCGAGCAGCCUCUCUGGAAGGGGAUUCACAGUGUGAUCCAUUAGACAAGAAUGGCUGUAAAGAAUUGGACAGAACAGGCUUUCAAGCUACAGCUAAAAUACAUUCUCCAAAAAAUCUACUCAGUUUGCAUGAUGGCGGCAAGCAAUUUGACUGUGUCAGCCAAGAAUCUUCUGUUCUGAGCAAUGAAGAAUUUAAUCAGCAGGAGUUUGUGUUGGUGCAAGAAGAACCUGACUUGAGUCUGGAAGAAGAAAAAGCAAAUGAGAAGUCACGUUUGAACAAAAGAGAAAAGUUAGUAUGCAGAAGAAAUCCAUUUAGGAUUUUUGAAUAUUUGCAGCUCAGUCUAGAAGAGGCUUUUUUCUUGGCAUAUGCUCUGGGGUGUUUAAGUGUUUAUUAUAAUGAGGCACCUUUAUCUAUCUUGAAGCUGUGGGAAUUUUUCAGUGAAGCGCAACCCAGUUUUAGGAGUACAUACAUGGCAUAUCACUAUUUCCGAAGCAAAGGGUGGGUUCCUAAAGUUGGACUGAAAUAUGGAACUGAUCUCUUGUUGUAUCGAAAAGGUCCUCCUUUUUACCAUGCCAGUUAUUCUGUGAUUGCUGAAUUAGUUAACAAUGACUUUGAAGGAUCAUCACACAGACCAUUCACCUGGAAGUCUUUGUCUAGUUUGAACAGAACUACAGCAAAUGUUUCUAAGGAACUUAUGUUCUGUUACCUGAUUAAACCAUCUGAUAUGACCGAAAAAGAAAUGUCAUCACCAGAGUGUCUCAAAAGAAUUAAAGUUCAGAAUGGAAAACAAACAAUGCCACUUUCCUUGUUUGAUCCACCUAGUUCCUUCCAGCUGUUGCCCAAAUGGUGAAGAAUACAAAUACAUGGAAGCCAUUCCUAGCCUUCUCUAGUAACUGACAGACUGGCUCCAAAAGAACACUGCAAAGAGUAACACUCCACUUCUGGCAAAUGCUAGAACACAGUGGGUGGCAUCCAAAGAAACAUGUCAUCAGUGUCAUACUCCCAAGAAAACUUUGGGUGUCUCAUGAGCAGCAACCUGCCAUGUCAUGUAGCUAACCUUUGAAUCACUGGGGAUUUUUGAAAGCAGCUUGUGAUAUGACAUAGGAGUGAUUUUUACAAAGAGAAAAUUCCAGCAUACAUGCCCAAGCAGCUCUUAGCAAUCCUGCCAACUGUCAAAUAUUCAUCAGAAGAUUUGCAAUACCAGAACAGAUCCCCAAGUAUGUGAAAAUGGCUAUGUGUGAGAAAGAGUGACAGAGACAAUGAUAAAGUAGGUCUGAAUUCACAGAGAUCGUAAAACAUCAUCAUGGGGACUCUAGGGCUCCUGGCAGGGUAUCUGAAGUAAUGAGUCUUUCCCUGGAGAUAAGCCAGUGAGCACCUUUCUAAGUCCAAGAAAAUUUGGAUGUGAAGUUAGUGAAAGACACAAUUGCUUUUUCUCUUUAAUAAUCAGUGGACAUGUUUUCUUUUCUCUUUUAAGGAACUAAUUCUAAAUCGUUGGGUCUCAUCCCGUGAGCGUAAUGAACAAGAUGAACUGUGAUAAGAUAGACUGGAAAAA